GUAUACUUCGACUGAGCCAAAGAAGACCUUAGUAUAGGUUGGUAUAGGUUGCAGUAAUAUUUCUUUUUUUGCUUUUUUUUUUUUUUGGCGUACAGAAACUUCGCAUUGAAAUUAGUGUUUAUAGUUUUAUAAUUAAUUGCAGCAUUUCAUUGCUGUUUUAUUUGGUUUCCACAGAUUUUAUGCGAAACAAUCUUGGCACCAUUUUGCUGCUGCUGUUCCUCUGUCUAUUUGUUACUGUUGGCUUCCUCUUUUAUUGUUAUUCAGAUUCUAGGAACAGUUUGCAGCCACAUUCUUUAGUUGUCUUGCAUUCAGCGAUGGCAUCAAGACCUAGAAAAGUCAAGGGAAGAAGUGAUGAAAUUAAGUCAAGAAGGUGGAAACAAGUAUCUCAGCCGAUAGUGGCAACAGAUAAUGAAGCUCUGGAGAUGACGAAUGAAGAUAUGAGCAUAUUGGAACAUCGAGAUAAACGGAUUAGAACCAAUCGACAAAUUCCUGCUGUUAUUGUGAAUCAACCUCUCUCUCUUGAUGAACAUUCAAGUAACAAUAAUACAGUUGUACCUGAACAUGUGGUGAAUAGUAAUUCCUUGCAAUUUGCAGAAAGUGCUGACAUCAUAGGUGAAUGUUCUCAGUCUUUUGGUCAAGCAUUAUAUCAAAGAACUAAACAAGGAUCAGUUGUUACAUAUGAAGAUUCAGGCGAUAAUGUUUACACAUGUAAGUAUUGUAAUGCAUGUUUUUGGGUUGAAGAAGCUAUCAAACAAAAAUCUAGAAAAGCAUUGCCCAUUUAUACAAAUUGUUGUCAAAAAGGAGAAAUCAAGCUUCCAGUACCUAAACCAACUCCUGAUUUGCUUAAAACAUUAUUGAAUCCAGAUAAUGGUCCAAAUAGCAAGCUUUUUAAAGAGAAUAUUAGAGUGUAUAAUUCAAUGUUCUCUUUUACAUCAAUAGGAGCAACAAUUGAUCAUAAAAUAAACACUGGAUCAGGUCCAUAUGUAUUCAAAAUUAGUGGUCAAGUUCAUCAUUUGAUGGGUUCUAUCUUACCUUCUGAUGGUGAAUCCCCUAAAUACGCACAAUUAUAUAUAUAUGAUACAAACAAUGAGAUUUCAAAUCGUAUUAACGCAAUUGAUCCUCUUCAUGUUAAUCAAAAUAUUAAACCAGAAAUUGUUGAAGGACUUACUAAGAUGUUUGAUGAAAUUAAUGAAUUAGUAAAACAAUUUCGAACAAUAAAAGUUAAAUUUGAAAAUCAUUCACUACCUUUAUUUAACAUGAGCGUACUUGAUUGUCUACCUACUGAUAACAAACAAUAUGAAAGACCAACAUCUGAAGAAAUUGGUGGUUUAAUCGUUGGUGAUAUUGGACAACAUGACUCAAAUAGAGAUAUAAUUAUUGAAUCAAAUGAUAGACACGUACAACGAAUCUCUAAAAUACACCCAAAGUAUAUGUCAUUACAAUAUCCAAUACUUUUUCCAUAUGGUGAAGAUGGGUACAAACCGAAUUUACCAAUGCAAAAAGCUUAG